CGCUCAACUGCUACUGUAUCUUUACGCACAGCCACUAUCGACCACGCAGCGCAAUAGCAUUAAACCUCGUUUGAUAGCCAAGAACACACCAUGUUGGCCAAGACGAGACAAAAGUGGAAACACUCGAGACCAAGAAGAGGCUUGUGACCGCGUUUUGUUAGAGUUACGCAGGCAACUUUAGGCUCUAGGCCAAGCUUGGGUGGAUAUCAUGAUUCUUCUCUUCUCUUGGCUUCGUCGUUUGAGUUGCACUAUGCAUAAAGGGCCCUCCUCCCACUCUCUUGUCUUCCCUUCUCUCAUUCGUGUGGAACUUGGAAUAGCCCAAAAAAAAACACCUAUUAUCCUGUUUUUUCUUACACCCUUUGACGGCCUGGUCUAAUCGUCAAUCACCUACUGUAACAGAUCUUAUACACAACCUAUCAGAUAAAGACGUCACCUCCCUGGGAACACCAUCACACACAUUCUACGUCAUAGCCGAGCGACUCAGCGCCGCAAACAACACGUCAAAAACAGAGUUUGCCAAUUGAACGCUCUUCAACUCUACUUCAUCAUCGUCGCGUAUACACAUCGCGCAUCUUCAUAAUCACAAUGGCGCCCACUGAAGAUGUUUUUGCGCGCGACUACUACAGAUGCUCUUAUGGGUGGAAUUGGAAUGGACGACGAUGUGUUCGUAACAACUGGUCCUACUGGGGGCGCUGGGUGUUAGCGGGCAUCGUCAUCUUUUUCUUCGUCCUCUUCCUCUUCUGCUGCCUAUUCUCUCGCCGUCGCAAACGCCGUGGCGUUAAGCCCGUGUACGGCACUGGAUGGAUGGCGGCCAAGCCUUGGGGAAACAACAACAACAACCAUCAGAUGUACAACUACGGCAACCAAGGCGGUUAUAAUCAGGGCUACCAGCAGAACAACGGUGGUUACGGAGCUCCACCUCCACCCCCAGCAUACGGCCAGCAACAGCAGCCUCAGUACACCGGUACGACAUUCAACACCAACGACGGGUACUACGGCCAGGGCCAGUAUUCCGGAGUUCAGCAACCACAGGGUACAUAUCAGCGUGAUGGUGCUUACUCCCCACCUGCGGGUCCUCCUCCUGGAAAGUAAAGCACGGCGAUGGGUGCGUUUGGAAUGGGAACGGGUUUAAAACACGGCCGAUAUGGAAAGGAUACCACCGAUUGAGGCGUUUGGGAGCUCGCUAUGUAAUGAAUGGACUUACGUCAAGACAUACUGUGAUAAGAGGCAUUACUCUCGCGAGCAUGGCCUGGGUGGAAUUACGAGAAUUAUUUUUUCCCUAAUCGAUUCUAGUCUUCUCUCUAGCAAGUAUUUAUCGAAAUAGUUAGAUAACUAUGUUUGUGACGCGUUGCUGAUAACGUUUCAGCAGAUCUGUCGUGACUUCAAGGGCAUGAUAUUGAUGAAUGAACUGAAUUCAAGAACAACAGCCCCAUACUAUUAGGUGAAUUUGAACGUAUGCAUAGAUAAUUCGACAUCAACGCCACAGCCGUUGACGGGACCUGCAUGAAACAUGAUAAAGGUGGGAAGAAACAAAUUUGCAGUAUACCAUUCGUUGGGUUAUGCAUACCGCCUCAUGGUAGCAGUGGACGACGAUCUGAAUAUCUCUUUGGCCAAUACAAUAAUGCCGAAUUCAUUCGUGUAUAAAGGCAGUGCUG